AUGUUCAUAGAAGAUAUUAGAAAUGAUUUUUAUAAUGUUCUUCUAGGCAAUAGAGUGCUCCUUCUAGUUCACUAUGAUGUUGAUGCAGUGUGCGCUUGUAAGAUAUUGCAGGAUUUGUUCAAGUGCGACAAUAUUUCAUAUACAUUAGUCCCAGUGGGGGGUAUAUCUGAUCUGAAGACUGCUUAUGAUGAAAACAACGAGGAGAUCAAGUACGUGGUGCUGGUGAACUGUGGUGGAACGAUAGACCUGGUCGAUAUACUGCAACCUGAGGAAGAUGUGGUUUUCUUUGUCCUUGACUCCCACAAACCGACAGAUAUCUGCAAUGUUUACAGUGAUGGACAGGUGAGACUGAUCUACAAAGAUGAUGAAGAGAACAUUCCAAACUUUGACGACAUAUUCAGAGACGAUGACGAGGAUGAGGAUUUGGAAUCGGAGCAAGAGCGUCGCAGUACAUUGGAGGAUGUUGUGGAGCGGAGGCGCGCGCGCAAGGUGUGGGAGGAGCGUCGACACACGCUCCUGUUCAACUACACGCAGUUCUCCUACUACGGGAAACCUAGCGCAUGUGUAGCUCUAGAAGUAGCGGCGCGAGCGUCCCGCUGUACGACGGCGACGCUAUGGGCCGCCGCCGUGGCGGCUGCAGCGCACGAAGCGCUGCACCAGCGCUCGCCCGCGCGCUGCCUGCUGGACGCCGAGCCGCUACAGCGCUACGUGGCCGCCGCGCAGCGCCACACCGCCGGCGACGUGGCGCGCGUGUCGCUGGAGAAGGACGCGCCGCUGCCGCUGUACCGGCUGUGGUCGCUGGAGGCCGCGCUGCGCCACGCCGCCGCGCUGGCGCCGCUGCUGCGCCUGCACGCGCGCUCGGGCGCCGCGCGCCUGCGCCAGCUGCUCGCCGACAUGGGCUUUCCCCUGCAACAAGCCCGUCAAGCUUACCGCUCGAUGGACGUGGAUCUCCGGAAGUCUCUCCUCACAGCCCUGGAGACAGCGGCUCCCAAGUACAAGUUACCCGUUCCAACUAGGGCCACAUUCCUGUUGCAUCGGCCACACGCCCCCCCUCUGUCCGCCUUAGACAUGGUGUACGCUGUAAUGGCGCUUAUUGAGCACGAAACAAUCCCCCGAGCUGAAGGUUUCCAACAUGCGUUAGCAGCGCUCCAAGUGACGGGAGAGAAUGAUGCCUUAAAGCUAGGAGUAGCGGCUGCAAGACGAGCUUUGGAAGCGGUGGCUAGGCUAGCCAAUAGUAUCCUGUCCUCUAGAGGCCUGAUGCUGGCUGGACCAUUUAACUAUUUUAUUGUUCAAGAGGGUACACCCGAAGCGAGCGCGGUGCGCGGCCCGCUAUGGCUGCGCGAGGUGGCGCGGUGGGUGUCGCGCGGCGCGCCGGGUGGCCCGCGCGCGCUGCUGGCCGCCGCGCCCGCCGCGCCGCAGCGCUGCCUGCUGCUGGGCCUGCCGCCGCGCUUCGACCAGGAGCCGCGCAAUUUAUUUGGCGCAGCGUUUGAGCAAGCGUCGGCUAAGAGUGGAGCCUCAGUGUCUCUGGACCACGUGGACUCGUCAGUGGUGACGCUGCCCAUAGCUCAGAGGGCACAGUUUCUGGACGCUCUCACAGCACUACUCGCCUGAUAUAUACGCUUAAAACAUGAAUUUAUAAAUGUACCUACACUUAAUAUUAAGAUAUGUGUGCUAUAUGUCCCAUCACUACAUGGAGAGCGAGACUUAUGUGCAGCUCCUGGGGCUUGGGGGUAGGGUCGGCAAUGCGCUUGGAAUGCUGGUUUUGAAGGU